CUCUUGGUUUAAUAUCGCUUGCAUUCUAGCUAAACUCCCGUUAGUCACGGCGACUUAAGGCACUCAUAUUAACGUGCCGAGCAAUCACUCAUCCCUCCCGUUGAAGCCACCCGCCACAGCUGCGUUACUUGGCCUUUCGGGUAGUCGUUCUAUCGCUGAGACGCAGCAACUACUCGCGUCCGUUGGCCAUAUACUUAUUAGCCCCGUAGGGGCACAGAAUAAAUCUUGGUCUCCGGUGACCGCUUGACCUCGCAUCAUGCCGUCCGUCAUAGAUAAAGGCCCGGUGGCGAGCAUCCUCUUUGAGAUGCGUACAUGGUUGCGCUGCCUGCUGCCGUACACGCCGUACGUUGCACCCUUCUAUCCAACACCUGACACGGUCAUAAACCGGGUGCUAGACCUCACAUCUGUGGGCCCAGGCGACUGUGUGUACGAUUUGGGUUGCGGAGAUGGGAGAGUUCUGCUGGCUGCGGCGCGUCGUGGCGCGAGAGGAGUCGGGUACGAACUGGAUCCGGAACUCGUACGAGAUGCCGUACAAUCAGCCCGCAAGGCGGGACUGGAGUCCUUGAUCCGGGUGGUAAAGGCGGAUGCUGCGUCGGCCGACGUCACCGAGGCGACGGUCAUUGCGCUAUACCUCUCCGACCACGGCAACAGCCGGCUGCUCCGUGCCGUACAGUCCACGCUGCAGCCCGGCACUCGAGUGGCCUCCUUCUACUUCCCCGUGGGGUUGCCGGGGUGGGAAGAGCGGUUGGUUACAACGGACCGUACGGACGGACUCGUGGUGUACGUCUACCGUACACCUGGUGGUGCUACGACUGUUGGUUCUACUGGUGGUGGUGGUGGUGGUCUUGGUACUGGUUUUGCUGCUAGUGGUGUCACGGCUGAGGGGAGUAAGGAGGAGAAGUAGAUGGAGCACCGGGGCGGGGGCGUUGGUGGACUGCUAGUGCUGCUAUGUGAGACACCAGGGGAGGCAAGAUGUGCGGCCUGUGCAUGUGGUCGUCAUUGUGAUCUGCUUUUGCCAAGUAAACGGGUUUGGUAAAUGGCAAUGUGACAAAGGGCUCCUUUUGAGGGUGUUUUCUAGGGUGGGACCAAUGCAACCCCGGGGGGCGGGCGGGACUAACUUUUCCGGCACAUUACCGCUGCGAAGACUCCGUACAGAGUCACUUGCUUGUGUACGGCAUAUUGAACGGCAUUGUGCUUGCCGCACAUAAAAAGUUUACAUGUCAGUCGGUAGCCGAUGUUAUUGCAUCCAUGGUAGACUCGCUCUGCAUCCCUCUUAAGAGGACAUGGCAGGUACGAGGACUGGCCCCUUCCAGCGUCUUGAAGGUCUAUUAGGGGAUACCAAGAAUCUGUCAAGAAACGCGAACACUCGGAGUCCCUUACGACUUGUAAUAUAGCUACCCAACAGGGUAAUGAC